AUGAUCAAUUCAUAUUCCAAUGGUCCUUCACCUGUAGAAGCUCUCUCUCUCUACAUUCAAAUGCUCAGAGAAGGUGCAAAAGCCAACAAAUUCACGUUUCCUUCUCUUUUAAAAGCCUGCAAUCUUCGCUCGUCUGCCCUAGAAGGCAAACAGAUUCAUUGUCAAGUUUUGAAGCUAGAGAGAGAAAUGGAUGGGUUCAUUCAAAGUACUCUUAUUGAUAUGUAUGCCAAUUCUGGGUGCUUCGAUUAUGCAGCUCAAGUUUUUGAAGAAAUUUCUCAAUUGAAUGUGGUCUGUUGUACUGCCAUGAUUAAUGGGUACAUUCGAUUUGGAAGCUUAGACAAAGCGGGCCAACUGUUCAAUGAAAUGGCGGAGAGAGAUGUGAUUUCUUGGAGUGCCAUGAUUUCUGGUUAUGUUCAGAUGGGUAGAUAUAAAGAAGCUUUCUCUCUCUUUCAUGAAAUGCAGCUCGAAAACAUCAAACCCAACCAGGCAAUACUUUUAGCCUUGCUUUCGAUGUCGUCUUCUUUGCGUUCUCUCCGUCUAGGCCAGUGGGUCCAUGCUUACAUGAUAAAAUCCAGGGUUUCAUGGAAUGUGGGGCUCUCUACUUCAGGGGUUGACAUGUACUCCAAAUGUGGUGCAUUGGAAAUGGCUCUGAAAUUGUUUAGAAAGAUCCCCAGAAAAGAUGUGGGGUCAUGGAAUGCCAUGAUCUCAGGCUUGGCCAUGCAUGGCCAUGGCCAAGAAGCCAUUGAACUCUUUCAUGAGAUGCAAGUUGCAGGUUUCAGACCAAAUGAUAUCACUUUCAUUAACAUUUUGAAUGCUUGUAGCCAUUCAGGACUGGUAGAUAUGGGUCAAUGCUUAUUCGAAAGCAUGAUUCAUAACCAUGGGAUCGAUCCUAAAGUUCAACAUUAUGGGUGCUUAGUUGAUCUUUAUGGGCGAGCAGGCCUUCUUAGUGAAGCAGAAAGGGUUGUGAAGUUGAUACCUAUGAAACCUGAUGCUAUGGCAUUAGGAUCUUUGAUUAAUGCUUGUAGAAUUCAUGGAAACUUGGAGCUUGGAGAGAGAAUUGGAAGGCUUUUGAUUCAAGAUUCACCUAGUACUGAUGGUUAUUAUGUGAUUCUUGCAAAUUUGUAUGCUUCAUUUGAGAGGUGGGAUAAAGUUGUGGAGAUCAGAGAUUUGAUGGGGUCCCGAGGUAGUGAGAGGAAUCCAGGAUAUAGUUUAAUCGAAGUGAAUGGCGAGGCACGCCAGAUCACUGUUUGUGAUGAAAGAGAAAGCUGCAUGAUCCCCAAUUGA